UAGCUUGUGCAUGAACUGGAGGAGCGAAGUAUAACAAAAUGGAUAGAUAGCAAUGGAAAGGAAAGACAUAAGAUUUUGUAGACCACAGAAACCAUAUAAUCCACCCGAUGAUGUGUCAUAUCAAUUGGAAAAAUUGACUAAAGAUGUUUUUGGUUCAAAUACCACUGAUCAGUGGACAGAAACAUCUCUCUCUGAUCCCCAACUGAAGUACAAGCUGCUGACCAGGUGCAUUAAAGUGUUUAAACAUGAGAUUUCAAAUGCCGAUCUUUAUACCGUCACCACUAUUUCAGAUGUUCUAAAAUUUUAUAGCACUCCAGUGCAUGGAAUAUCACCGUAUGAUGAACUUGUUCGCUCCAAGGAGAAGUUACCAGAAAAUUUGCAUGUAGUCCCAGAUUAUUGCAGGUUUCAUCCAGAAACUGAUACUUUCUUUGGUGGAAUUUCUGCUUAUCCUGCUAGUUCAACAAUUGUUACCGGUCUCAAAACCAAGAAAAAAUACAAAGGAUAUACCGCAAGGACUAAAUGGCCGUACGUGUGACUUUGUGUACAUGUGCAUAAAAAACAUGUACAAUUAUUUGUGAACUCAAGGACAUGGGAUGACAUGUAAUUAUUCUUUCCACUGGAAGAGUUAACUGUGAAAAACAUUUAACAGCAUUUCUGUAGGUCUUAAGGCUGAAUUAGAUGAUACCAUACUAAGUUUAAUGUGGUUAUUUAAUUUCAUGAUUAUGUGAUCUUUUGCUGAUUACAAAAACUAAAAUUAAUUAUUAUUUCUUUAACUUCAGUAAAUAAAACUUUACAUCAUUCUAUA